AUGUUAAUAACAGCGACCAUAUCUAAAACAUUCGCUGCACCCACAACUUCAGCACCACAAGCGCGCAAGCAGCCGGCGACUACUGAAAUAACAGAAACAUCGACAAAAGCUGCAAUUGCCAAAAAAUCAACUUUAAUAACAAACAAAGCAGCGCUCAGUAAUUUAACAGGAAUUCAAUCGCUGUUAAUGCACCACAAGCCAAUCGGCAGUUACACGUCACGUUUGCGCAAGCGUCACAGUAAACGUGACAGUAAUUGGUAUAAGUUAUCCAAUGAGGAGGAAUGGCUAAAUCCUUGUGGUGGCUCCUUCAAUCCUAACGCCUCUGGGCUACGUUUUAAGCGCAGAAAUAAGAAAGAGGUGUACAGAAUGUUAGAGGAGGCAGCUGACAAGGAAUACAACACAUUAAAAGGCAGCCAGCAAGAUAUUGACAUUAAUAAUAUCAAUAUCUGGUUUCUCUAUAAUGAUACCUAUAAAUUUUUACCGAAAUUGAAAAUGAACUCCAGUAUCGCCCUUAAACGGUGGUACCGCAACAUGCAAACAUUUGUCGGUUCCCUUGCAUAUUUGCGUCGUGUACAACUCAAAUGGGAUCAUUCCAAAUCGCAAUAUGAAAGUCCAACCUCACGGGAACUGAAAAAGUUACUGAUUAGUUCACUCAACAUGCUCUGCGAACUGGAGUUUGCCGUCAACGAUACGCGCAGCUACAAUUCACAUGGCAAUGGACUGCAGCAGCAUAUCACCCGGGAACAGAUGAAUAAGCGACUUAAGUUGCACACCAAACGUCGUUUGGAGAAUCAACCAAACGAAGUACAUGAAGCGGACUCCAUUGACCUACAAUUUGUAAAAUACUACUUCUAUGAAUUUCUGCAUACGAUGUGGAAAGUUUUAAGCAAGUCUACCCGACGUAAAGGACAAUUCGCAUUGCAGGACAAUCGGAAGGAAUUUAACGAAAUUGAAAAGCAAACCACUGGUAUUAGAAAAGCACAGAAUAAAGGAAAAAAUAAAGGCAAGAAUAAUAAACGUAAAAAUAAAAAUAAACGCCGAAAUCAAAAUAAACGUACUAAGAAGCAGAAACGUUUGGGCAUGACGUCUACAGUGAGUACAGUCAGUAAUGCCACCAAUCGAACGAUUAUCGAAACACAGCAACUGUAAAUGCA